CUCUAAUUAUUCAAUCAAACAUAGACACAAUUUAGUGAGAGAUAGAUGGAUAAUGCGUUGAUGGAUAAUUCAGAAGAAAGCAGGCUGAAAGGGCAAGCUCAAAUAUGGGAGCACAUGUUUGCAUUUGUAGAUUCAAUGGCAUUGAGAUGUGCAAUUGAACUUGGUAUACCCGAUAUUAUUAACUCUCAUGGUCGUCCGGUAACAAUGCCUGAAAUAAUCGGCAGUCUAAAAACAACCUCAUCAUCGCCUGUCAAUGCUAAUUAUCUCACGCGUAUAAUGAGAUUACUGGUUCAUAAGCAUCUAUUUACUUCUCUAUUCCACCGAGAAAGUAAUGACACUGUAAACGGUUUAACUCGAUCGUCAAAAUGGUUACUAAAAGAUUCAAAGUUCAAUCUAUCGCCAAUGUUUUUACUCUUGCUUCACCCUCUUAUGUUGGAACCAUGGCAAUAUUUGGGAAAUUGUCUCGAAGAAAGCGGUCUUGCCUUUGUGAAAGCUAAUGGGCGUGAAAUUUGGGAUUUGGCUUUAGCUAAUCCUCAAUUUAAUCAACUUUUCAAUGAUGGAAUGGGGUGCACGGCUAAAAUGAUAGUCAGUAAGAUCUUGGUCGAAUAUAAAGAUGGAUUUAAUGGCAUAGGAUCGCUUGUUGAUGUUGGCGGUGGGACUGGUGGGAUGAUAGCCGAGAUCGUUGAGUCUAACCCGCACAUACAAGGUAUCAAUUUUGAUCUACCUCAUGUGCUGGCUAAUGCACCUGAACGUCCAGGGGUUACCCAUGUUAGGGGAGAUAUGUUCAUUAAUAUUCCGGAAGCAGAUGCUGUUAUAACGAAGUGGAUAAUGCAUGAUUGGAGUGAUGAAAACUGCAUAGAGAUCUUGAGAAAUUGUUAUAAGGCAAUAUCAAAAACGAGGAAUGGAAAAGUUAUAAUUGUCGAUUGUGUACUGGUUCCAGACAGAAAUGACUUAUUUGAUAAAACAAGAUUAGUAUUUGAUCUACUGAUGAUGGUAAUUCCUGGUGGAAAGGAAAGAACUGAAGCCGAAUGGAAGAUGUUACUGAAGAGUGCAGGUUUCUGUCGUUAUAAUGUAAUUAAAAUUCCCACAAUCCCUUCUAUCAUCGAGGCAUUUCCUAAAUGACCACAGAAAGACUGAUAUUGCUCUUAAUCUAUAUGAAUAUUACAUUUACAGGCAUUUUAUAUAUAUUUACCCGUGAUCUGCCAAUUACAUAUAUGCUUGUAUGAAUCUGUUUUAAAACCAAAUAAAUAAACAGAAGUGUCAAUAUCUCAUCUUGAGCGAGAGUUGGACAUAAGUAAUUGAAUUUAAUCUUAUUGU